GUCGUGCUACGCAGCUAACGACGCGCUAUGGCGCAUACUGUCUCCCGCGAUGACUUCUUCCACGAUGGCACCAUGUUCUACGUCGAAAUCGACGGCAAGCAUCGCCAUCCUCGCUGCGACGCGUCGUCUCUACAUGGCUUGCUCACCUACACGCCUCCCUCCGGCCCGGCCCCCACGAAGAAGGACAAUAUUGCCAAGGGCCUGCCUCCUCCGCACAGAGACCCGCCCGCACACUUCUAUACGGCGCAGAUGAUGCACUAUGGUCUGAAGCCUCUGAAGACCCGCGAUCCGGCCAAGAAGAAGCUGCUCGCUGCCUUCGGGGGCAGCGCAACUCUUGCUGUUCCCGCUCACAUUCUGCAGUUGGAGCAACAGUUGGCAACGGAGUUUGCGGUCAAUAACAAGGGCGCCGCGAAGCAACCCAAGACCAAGAAGGUCAAGGAGGCAAAGCGAGCUAGCCCUGCUGUGACUUUGGCCAAGCAGGAUCUCCCGAACGACGCGCCUCCUCCGGCGGCUCGAGAUCCCAAGGCUGGCAAGAAGGCGCUACGGCAUGUCGAUGUAGAGCCCCUUCGCUCGUCUCUGGAAGGACUUAAGCAUCAGGACCUGGUCAAGAUUAUCUUGCACGUCGCAAAGGAUCCUGCCGUGCACAGCUCAGUAACUGAGCAAGUGCGCGAGCUACAAGCCGCUGCGCCAUUGCUUCAACUCCUCCCGCCCCCUGUUCCGCCGCCUGCACCGACAGCUAUGCGGGUGGACCCCAUAAUCCCGCCAAAACCGGCGCGUACCAAGCAGACAGCACGCAAGUCUACCUAUUCCCGUCCUCCGCGUAGGCCCCACAUCAAGCCUAAGUCUGGAGGCUUCGAACCUGUCGGCAUCUACGAGCUGUCCGUGCCCGAAAUUGAGGAAGAAUGGCCUGAAUACGGAGGUGUUAUCUCGUGUCUCGACGUCCGUCCUUCCUCCACCGGUGCCCACCUAUGGGGAACCUUUGACUUCGGUGUGGUGUCGGGCGUCUUCAAAUCCUUCGGCGCUGCGCCCUCUGCGCCGAGCCUCAGGACCGACUUCCGCUGGCGUGGCCGCGAGGAGGGCGAGGGCGAAAUGCAAGUCGGCGAGGGUCUGAAAGGGUAUAUCAAGUUUCUUGAGGGAGGCAGCCGCGUGCAGGGAUGCGUCGAGGGCAGCUUCUUCGGUAAGGCUGAGUUCACAGGCAAUCUGGUGGACAACGACGUCGGCGUUGACCCUGUAGAGUGGAAGAGGAGAUGGCGUGGGAUGAACAUGUCUGCGUACGAGGUGGCGAGCGCGAGGCGUUGGGGCAAAUGGGGAGGGGAGGCGAAGCCUGACAAGCCUGAUGCAUCGGACACCAGCGGAGGCGAGGAUGGUAUGGAGGACGACUCGGAUGGCGCAGGCGAUAUGCGUAUGGCGGGCGACGAUACUGGGUCGGACGAGGAGAGGCCGCGCGAGACAACAAAACCGCGCACGAAGCAAACUGCUCGACGGGGUGGCGCUCCUGCCUUUGGGGUCGGCCGAGCAGAUAGUGCGACCCGAUACGGACAGGAAACAGCGCCUUCACAACCUUCCGGGUCGAAUCCCGCUCCAAAAUACAAGACGAAGCAAACAGCCAGACGCGGCGGCCCAUCCCGCCCGCAAACAAUCCGCGUUCCCGCCAACGCGCCCUUCCGACCCAUCGGUGCCUAUACCAUCGUCGCUGAGGACUUCGCGGACCUCUGCGGCAGUUACUUUGACGAGGAGGAUAUGACCCUUGAUGUCCUCCCCUCGUCCACCGGCGCACAUCUGUGGGGCAAGUUCGACUUCGGCGCACUGUCGAGUGUAUUCAGGAGCACAGGAUCCGCGCCUACGUCUGGCGGAAAGAAGGUGCCCAUCGUCUGGCGGGGUAGGGACUCCGAGGCGGUGGACGGCCAAACGUGGUACGACGAAGGUCAGACUGGGUACAUCAAGUUCCUUUCGGGUGGUCGGGUCAAAGGCUAUCUUGAGGGCUACAUGGCGAAGGGCGACUUCACUGGCCAGCUCAUUGAGGAAGAAGUCGAUCUGUCGGAGGUCGCUGAGUGGAAGAGCGAGUGGCGCAGUCUCAACGAGGCUGAUUCUAUAGCUUCGAGCAAGAGGAGGUGGGGGAAGUGGACGGCGGAACCCCGGGAAGACAGACCUGCUGCAUCGGACACCAGUGGUGGAGAGGGUGAUUCUAUGGAUGUUGACGAGGAUGAAGACUAUUAGAGUACGCUUUCACGAGCAGCAUAACGUUGCUUACAACCAACUUCAACUUACGACUUUACGACUUUACGACCCAAUGCAACCUUGAUGGCACGC